AUGAACCACUACGAUCCUGAAAAGUAUAAACGCAAUCCCGAAGCUCAGCGCGCAGCAGCGAAGCGAUACUAUCAAAAGAAUCAUGAAAAGAGACUGAGGAAGCAGAAAGAAUACGAUGACAAUCAUCGUGCUGAACUCAACAAGAAACAUCGGGAGAACUAUGCCAAACUCAAAUCACAAGACUAA